CUUUAGGAAAAAUAACGUCCGGCGCUGUAAGCGGUGCUUGAAUGCCCACGUUAACUGCGAUGAUUGACAGCUGUCAGAACAUUUCGCGCCUCAAUCAACACCGCGAGCAGCGAGUCCGUUCAAGGUCUUUCCCACAAAGCGUUGCAGAUGACGAGAAAUAAUAGGCUACUGUUAAAACAGAAAAGGCAGCCUAGCUCAGUGCUAACCAUUUUUGCAGGAUUUGGGCAGAAGCAGAGCGACCAUGAGCACAGAGACUCAUGUGAAGGACAUUAAACCUGGGCUCAAGAAUCUCAAUGUCAUCUUCAUCGUGCUGGAAACAGGACGAGUGACGAAGACCAAAGACGGUCACGAGGUGCGCACGUGUAAAGUGGCGGACAAGACGGGCAGCAUCAGUAUAUCUGUUUGGGAUGAAGUCGGAGGCCUCAUCCAGGCUGGUGACAUCAUCAGACUUACCAAAGGUUAUGCCUCCGUUUUUAAAGGCUGUUUGACGCUGUACACCGGAAGGGGAGGCGAACUGCAGAAGAUCGGAGAAUUCUGCAUGGUGUAUUCAGAGGUGCCAAACUUUAGUGAGCCAAAUCCAGAAUAUUUGGCCCAGAUGAAUAAAACGGGACUGAAUGACCAGAGCAGCGUAAACAGCAGCACUGCUGCCCCCGCAGGUAAUGACACUCCCAAUGGAAAUGGGGUGAAUUCUCAAGGCUCUGGCAACUCUACGAACCCGCAGCCGGGCGGCCGGGCGAGCAGUGGGAAUGGGAACCGGUCGACGGCGAGUCCCGGCGUGGGAGGAGGCUCGGUCAGCAACGGCAAGGAGACGCGGCGGACGGUCAAAAGAUGAUUUCGGUCAAUCGGGAGUCUGCAUACACAGUAAUAGUCAUAACUUCCAGAUGGUUGUGAGCAGCUGUUUGUCUCAUUUGAGGACAGAUAUUGCUAAACUUUGAGCUUAAUGCUUAUCUAUCUAUAUAUAUAUAUAUAUAUAUAUAUAUAUAUAUAUAUAUAUAUAUAUAUAUAUAUAUAUAUAUAUAUGACCACAAAAUCAGUUUUUAAAUUGACAUUUAUACGUCGUCAUGAUGAUAUUUGGCUGAGAUAUGAACUAAUUGAUCUGAGGGUGUGAAGAAAAUAAACAUUGAGAACUUGAUUGAUAAUCAAUUUUGAUAUAAAUGACGGUAGGAAAUGUAUAAAAUAUCUUCUUUUACUUAAUGUCCUAAUGAAUUUUGGCAUAAAAAAAUACAUUUUUAACCAUAAAUGUUUCCUUUGACCAAAUUAUUGCGUAUUGCUACAGAUAUACCCAUGACUGAUUUUGUGGGCCAGGAUCACACACACACACACACACACACACGUAUAUUUGUUUAACUUUAUGGAUUUUCCAGUCUUGUAAAGUCAGAUUUCUUUUGAGGUAUUGCGUCCUGUUUUUCUUGUUUUAUGCUCUCCAGAAUGAACACACCAAGCUAUUAUAGUUUCUAGCCCAACGUCUGAUUGUUAGUCAACUUUUGAUUAUCUGUUUUAAAUAUUAAGGUUUUGUAAGUUAUAGUGCCCCAGAAGACCAGAAUCUGAUCACAUUUGGUGCGUUUCUCCAAGAUCCCCAUAGGUUUUGAGCUCAGAAUACUGCAUGGCUUUAAGUUAGUCUUUCAUCACAGGCUGAUAGAUUUUCUGAAAAAUUAGAUAAGCAUCCUGUGAAAAGUUUCGGAGAAUAUUUUCAGAAUCAGAGAUUGCAGACCAUAUGAUCAACGAUUGCAAAGUAGACCCACUCCAAUUUCAUAAACGGUUUACAUUGAAAUGUUGUCUGUCGCAGAGGGUUUUUGAAACAGAAAAGCCAAAUAAAAAGAAGCUGUAAGAACAUUUAAUAACACUGAAAUCAUGCAACCAUUUUUUUAUUUGCAGAUUUUCAGCUAUAUUUUGCCAGAAAAUUCUGAUAUAAAUAAAAAGAAAUGGAAAAAAAUAAUAAUAA